GAAAGAGGCUGACAGGCGGCCAGAGGGAUUUGCUCAGAAGCGCAGCUGAGGACACAGCAGGAGCGUUUACGCUGUCCGUGCAGGACAAACAGGUGGACGUUGACUGCCUCAGGCAGUUCCUCCAGCAGCCCUAUGUGCACAAAUCUGACGAGUGGCUGAAGCUGUUCCAGUCUGAGCCUCCUCGGGGCGUCCUCAGCCGCAUUGCGCGGCGUUUGGAUGUUGCGCUGAGCCCUGUCAACGGGCCUUGGCAGUAUCCAGACAAGCAAGACUUCCGCGAUGAGAUAGCCAGGAUGAUAUCGUGGUACGAGCCCGGGCGCAAGAAGCUGCGCCGGGCAAGAAACCUGCGCGAAGAUGAGCCGGUCAAGAUGGUUCCUGGAGCGACAACGGUCUUCACCACCAAAGUCCGUGAACACUAUGCAAAACUGUCCACUGCCUUGAAGAUAGAAGGCCUUUGGAAGUGGGCCACGGUAGCCCGCGGUUUGCAUAAAGCCGGAGUGCCAGUGGUAAGCGGCACCAUUUCUGUGGAACAGAAGUGGAGCCACAUCAACUCCAUGCUUCCGCAAGAAUCCAGGACGAAGCAGGUGAUGUCAUUCUUGCGCAGUAAGAUCCACAUGAGAGUCUUGCAAAGCAAGUGGGCUCGGGCUGUGGCUGAUGGCAAAAAGUGGGUGGAGACCCAAAGGUACCGAGAAAGAAGCCUCAAUGCAAUGAAAUUUGCAGCGCCUGGCGAGUGGGUCGUGAUGGGGGACUCGCAGCAUGUCACAGCUAUAGCGGUGUGUGCCGGGAGUGCUGUGCGAGGGUGCACCGACAUUGUCAGUAGUGGCGUCCUGGACCGCGUUGACGAGUCAUUGCGACCGGACCUUGAGAGCUACCUUAGCACGGGCCAAAGCUUUGACUACAUAGCCUUCUCCAGCGUGUGCAGCCUGAAAAGGGUAAACCCCAUCCCAUGGAAGACUUUCUGGGCGCUUGAAGGGGCCAAGAACCCCAAGAACAAGCAAGGUUUCCCUCGGGUUGGAGGGCCGGAAUUGGCUCCGACACUUUUUUUCUGGGCCAAAAAGUUAGGCGCCAAAUGGAUCGAUCCGUAUGGCGACGUUCCUUGA